CUCGUUCUCCACGUCCCUACUCCUUCCUACUAGAUCUCUGCAACAAAACACUGCUUUUUUUCCCAUUAUCUUCAAACAUAUUUCCUUUUCUUUUAUUCACUUCCUUCUCAUUCUCCCACGAUGUUGUCCGCUACACUUUUGUUUUGGUCUUUUUAUUUUAAUUUCUUUCUUUUCGGUUCCUUUCAGAAAUAGCUUCUGUUUUUUUUUUUUUUUUUUUCGGUAAAGAGAAAUAGCUUCUGUUAUUAAUACCAAAUUCGAAACACUGAAUGCUUCCUAGGAAAAGGGGUUGCCUUUGCACUUAGACAUUUACUCAGUUUUGGUGUUUGUUCAACGUAUUGUCUGUGCAUUGUUUAAUUUGCAAGUUAAGAGAGGCUUCUGCCUGAAAAUUUAAUUAAAAACUUAAAAGACUUUUAAGGUUGCUUCGAGUAAUUAAGGACUGAAUUCUUUUUGUUUUCAAUUUUCCCUUGAUUGGUUUUAUGAAAAAGGCAUGUUACAGUUGAGAAUUUGGUUUUAUUCUUUUUUAUGAGUGUGUUUAAUUCAAAGUUACACAGAAGUGAGGCUGCACAAAUUUGGAUUUUUUUGCCCUUAUCUUUGACAUUCAAUUGAUUGUAUGAAUUUUAGGUGGGUGUUGGAGGUUUGCUGUGCAGCUGCCAAGUUUCACUUCUUGGGUUUUCUGGAUUUGGGGUUUUGGUGCUUUAAUGACACUUGAAGAGGCAUUAGCAUUUUGGGGUUGUAAAAGUUGAGAUUUUGUAGAUCUGAGGAGUAAUGGUAGUUGGGUUUUCUCUUUUAGUUUGAAAGAUUACUGCUUUUUUCUCAAGUUUAGGAGUUUGGUUAAGAAUAGAUCUUUGAUUGUGUCACUGGGAUUUGUUGAGUUGGGAGAGGUAGAAUUCUGCUCGUUUUUUACAAAAUGGGGCAUUCAGCCGCAGAAUGUCAAUACAGGGCAGCAAUUGAGAUUACAAAAGAUAGGAAUGGGGUAGAACAGGUAGUGCUCCAGAACCAACAAGGGGCUUCGGCACGGGUUAGCUUACAUGGAGGACAGGUCACUUCGUGGAGGAAUAAGCACGGCCAAGAACUCCUGUUCACUAGUAACAAGGCAAUCUUCAAGCCCGCAAAAGCGAUGCGAGGAGGAAUUGUCAUUUGUUUCCCACAGUUUGGGAACUGUGGAUCGCUAGAACAACAUGGUUUUGCGAGGAACAAGGUGUGGGCAAUUGAUGAUAAUCCUGAAAUGCAUCAACCAAACGAUUCGAAUGGAAAAUCCUUCAUUGAUCUACUACUUAAACCGUCUGAAAACGACCUGAAGUGUUGGCCCCAUAGUUUUGAGUUUCGACUUAGGGUGUCUCUUGCAACAAAUGGAGAUCUGAACCUGACAUCACGAGUUAGAAAUGUCAACAGCAAGCCAUUUAGUUUCUCCUUUGCCUACCACACUUAUUUUUCGGUUUCUGAUAUAAGUGAGGUGAGGAUAGAGGGGCUGGAGACACUUGACUACUUAGACAACCUUUGUGAAAGAAAAUGCUUUACAGAACAAGGAGACGCCAUAACAUUUGAGUCUGAGGUCAGUCGACUUUAUCUAAGUUCGCCCAAUGUAGUUGCAGUCCUUGAUCAUGAGAAAAAACGAACAUAUGUAAUCAGAAAGGAAGGACUACCAGAUGUUGAUGAUGAUCUCUGUGCAAUUUCAAUCAAGAAGACAUGAAAUUAGGCCAAGUUUCAAAAAAAAAAAAAAAAAAAGCAAACUGAAGCCACUCAAUAUCAGAGCCAGGUUUCGAUCCUGGGACCUGUGGGUUAUGGGCCCACCACGCUUCCGCUGCGCCACUCUGAUUGUUAACAUAUGCGAACCUAUAUACAAUAUUUAUAUGAAAUCAGGAAGAUCGUCGAGAGGAAUGGUAGUAUUGUUUGGGAUUUAGUCGCGUGUGAGUCAGGUAACAAGCGAAACACUCACAGAUAUAUUUUUUUAAGUUCUUUCCAUCUCACGUUGGUCCCUAAACUUUUUGAUUGUGCGAUUAACAAGGGCAGAAAUAAACUUUUGUUACAAAAGUUGAGAAAAUGACACACAAUAAUUUUUAAAGGCA